CUUUGUCCAAGUAAUGUCUUCUUGASYAUCGAAAACACAGCUCAACUUUUAUCGCCGACGAACUGGAUUUCUAAAGACAAAAGCGUACGGUAUAAGGUAAGUUUUAAGAAAUGGACACGGCUUUGAUCAACGAAUAACAAAAUUUCAAGAUGUUGGUUAAAGAAUAAGAUAUCAAGAUUACCAUAACACUGAUCGCGGUUGAAAUGUCAUAUCAGGCUGGUGUCUUUUCGAAAUCAAAUCCUGCUGUAUCAUCGUGAAGGACAUCCAAUGGAUACAGAACAUCUUCACCAGGCUAUUGUCAGACCAUUUGUAGUGUUUUGUGCGAAUGCUGGUGGUUACGUCGACCUUGGACUGUCAGCUGAAAAGCUUGUUUGUCUGUUUAAUGAAUGUCUGCAAGUAGCGAAAUUCCAUCAUGAUCACAAUGUUUGCAUUCUCGUUUGUCGUUUGGCAGCACACAGGAAUAAAGAACUAGGAAAUAAUGAUAAUGUMUUGCUGUACGCAAACGAAAUGCUGCAAUAUGCGRGAAAACUGGCUUUGGUUCAGAGGGAACGUUAUGAAGUUUGUACACGCUUGAUUGUUGGAGAAACAGGUAUUGCGUUAUAUGACCAAGAAUCAAAAAUUGUAUUACUAUCAAUAGCUUUCCUACUCUCAGCUAGCAUCAAGUUAAAGGGUAUUGAACAUGAUGCAAAUCUUCUCAUUGCGAAUGCUUACGAAUCGUUAUUGGAGCAGCAUGAAGAUGCCAUUCCUUGCAUACAAAGAAUGAUUGAUAUUGCUGUAGAAAUAAAUGAUAACCGUGCACUGGUUCAUCAAUACCAUUCGUUAGCAAGAAUCUAUUACAAAUUAAAUCAAUACGAUCAGGUUGUAAUCUGUGCAAAGAAAUGUAUCUGUCUUGCGAAGGAAAUCAACCUCAAUGAUGGUCUACCAGAAGAGUACUGUUUGCUGAUCAACUCGUGUGGGAUACUCGCGCGACACGAUCACGUCAUUAAAUAUGCAAGGGAAUACUUUGACGUUGCACAGACGAUACAAGUCCAUCCCGAAGGAGGUUCUGGAGAAGAUUCCGUGUUUGUUUUAGCAGACCUAUUAGACAAUCCAGACCAGUAUGACGAUGCAGUUAUUGAUGGGAAGAAGUGUUACAAGAUUCCAAUCAAAGUCGAUUCCUACGUAUGUGAGAUUCUUUCAGAUCUUGGACAAGCAUAUCUAGAAAUCCAAACUGAAGAAAAAUCACUCUUUUAUUGCGAGCAAGCUAUCAAAUUGGUCAAACAAUGCGAUGAACCAUCGGAGGAUAUCAAUGCUGUGUUACAGCAGGCCCUACACAUUGCUGGAUCAGCUUACUUGUUUAAGUCUCACUAUGCAAAAGCACACGAUUACUUGACUGAAAGUCUAAAGAUUGCAGAGGAAUUGAAAGACAGUGCAAAAAGUGCAUUAUUAUCUAUACAGAUAUCACAUGUGAAUAAACAGGUUGGUGUACAUGUUUACAAGUCAUGUUCCCUCAAUUCAUCUGAACUAUUGGAAAUUCUGAUUAAGAACAAUAUGGUCACCGAGAGAURUACGAUCAAAUUCAACCAAUUCMAAGAACUUUUGAAURUCRCUAAAAAACAUGAACUCAAAAAAGAAUAUGAGCUUGCUCUUAAGAAACUCGAAACUUCAAUCGAAAKUAAUUUUUAUGGUAAGUUAUUUUCUGACAAUAUCAGGAUGGACAUAGCACGGAUGAACUUUCUUUUACUUCGAUUCGAUACAGCGUUGAGUCUUUAUCAAGAAAUCUGCGAAGAAACAGAAAUGAACGGAGAAACGGAAUUUGAAUCGAAAUGUCAACAUAUGAUUGGCUKGAUUCACUUUGCUCGUGUUGAGUUAGCAAAUGCUGAAAACURUGCUAGAAAAUCUGUGGAAUGUUUCGAAAAAGUGUUUGAUCUACAACGUACAAAUGAAGAAUACCAAAUUGCUAUCGUUGRCAACUACAUUCAGUACUAUGAGCUUUUGACCGCCAUACUUGUACGUACCAAUCAAAACAUUGAAGCCCUGGAGACAGUUGACUGUUAUCGUGCACGAGCUCUGAAGACUCAGCUGAUUAUGAACUAUCACAUGGAUCAUGACAUCCAAGAAAAACAAAUUCGUUAUAGCGACAUUCGAUCUUUGGUCUCCAAAAGUCAAUGUACAAUCGUACAGUAUUCAGCUUUUAGAUACCAAUUCAUAGAAGACUUGUGCACUUUUGUGGUGCCUUGUGAGAAUGAAGAGAAACUUCUUCACAUUCAGCCGAACUUCACUUUUGAUGAUAUGGAAAAAUUCAUUGAAUGGGCUUGCAGUGAAAUGAAGGUACGCCUAAUGGACUGUGAAGACAGAUCACUUAGCAACAACACAGAAACUGAUGAUGCAAAGAAAGAUAGAGAUGAUUUUAGAGAACAUGCUACUGAAAAUAAAGAUUUGCGAACGUUGCAUACACUAGACGAAAACCAACCAGAAACCUGUCACGAAAGCAGCUUCACCAGUGCCCUUGAAUUUCUUUACAGCAAGCUGAUCCAGAAUGUAAUUUCUGACAUAAAAACAGACGAAGUUGUCUUCAUUCCUGAUGGUCCAUUGUUUAAGGUACCGUUCGCAGCUCUACGGGAUCCAGAGACGGGACUUUACUUGUUAGAAGCCAAGCAAAUCAGGAUUGCUCCUUCUAUUUCUACCCUGAAGAUAUUGAACGAUCGACCUGAAGAUUUUGAGAGCAAAAACAGCGCACUAAUUGUAGGAGAUCCAUCAGUUGGUAAAGUUAUGUUUGAUGGCAAAGAAAAAGAAUUCCCUCCUUUGCUGUUCUCAUACGUCGAAGCAGUGACAGUUUCCAGAGUUCUUGGUGGGCAGACACUCUUACGAGAGAGAGCAACCAAAGCUGCUGUCCUUGAGAGACUGAGAGAAGGAGUGUCAGUUGUACACAUCGCUGCUCAUGGAGACGGCAAGAAAGGUACCAUCGCCUUAACACCCUCACCAAAUGUCAGGAGCUCGUGCGGUGGUAGCAUCUUUGUGGGGCAUUGAUGAUGAAGCUACUCUUGAGUUCAUGAAGGUGUUCUAUUGUAAUCUGAAGAAAAAGAAGAGUGCAAGUUUGAGUCUUCAACUGGCGAUGAAACACAUGAUGAAACACAAGGAGUUUAGCGAACCAAAGUACUGGGCACCAUUCUUUCUGAUGGGUGAUGACGUCACAAUAUUUUGAACUUUAGGCUCAUUUAUUUAUGUGUACUCAAUUAUAUGUUUGUCAGAACUUUAGAAUAUUUAUAUCUAUUUUUGGAUUUUGCACGGAUUUAGACUCGUCAUGUAAGAAAGCAAUUGAAUUAUAGAUUUGUAAAGUACUAUUAUUUAGUGUGUUGGGCAUGCGACUAUACGAUAUAGUAUGAACAUACUACAAAGAGUGUAGCACAAAAGACUCUUUGGAAACAUGGAUGGAAAACUGAAUAACAUUUCAGGCCGUGAUUUUCUUAAUAUUCAGAAAUAGCAACUGUGAUUCAACAUUCAUCAAAAUUUUUUAACGGCUUACUGCAGCUGACAUUGUGUUUGAUGUUACCAGUUCUUGCUCGACAACGACAAAAAUACCACGUCGAAACGGCACUAUUCAUAAUUCUUGUUAUAUCAUGCGAAAACCAAUUGAGUACGUCAAAACAAACUUAUGUUUUUAGAUUCCGUUCUGCUAGGGACAAUUUUGUCAUUGGACGCGGUGGUCCCAUUACUGUGCAACCGAGUAUUAAUAAACUUGCU